AGGGUCCCGGCCCCCAGCUCCGCCCGGUCCCACCCAUCCUUUUAGGCGCCCGCGGGGCUGGGACGUCCCAGUCCAGCUUGGUGCUACUUUCCCGCCACCGGUGCGCCCAGUCCGCGCAGUCAGCCCAGUUAAGUCGGACCGCACCUCUCGCCAGCCGGCCGGUCCCCCACCGCAGUCAUGGAUGCCAUCAAGAAGAAGAUGCAGAUGUUAAAGCUGGACAAGGAGAAUGCCAUUGACCGCGCUGAACAGGCCGAGGCCGACAAAAAGCAAGCCGAGGACCGCUGCAAGCAGCUGGAGGAGGAGCAGCAAGGACUCCAGAAGAAGCUGAAAGGGACAGAAGAUGAGGUGGAAAAGUAUUCUGAGUCGGUGAAGGAUGCCCAGGAGAAACUGGAGCAGGCUGAGAAGAAGGCCACGGAUGCUGAGGCAGAUGUGGCCUCCCUGAACCGUCGUAUUCAGCUCGUAGAAGAGGAGCUGGACCGGGCGCAGGAGCGUCUGGCUACAGCCCUGCAGAAGCUGGAGGAGGCUGAGAAGGCAGCUGAUGAGAGUGAGAGAGGCAUGAAGGUCAUUGAAAACCGAGCCAUGAAGGAUGAGGAAAAGAUGGAGCUGCAGGAGAUGCAGCUGAAGGAGGCCAAGCACAUCGCUGAGGAUUCAGACCGAAAAUAUGAAGAGGUGGCUAGAAAGCUGGUGAUCCUUGAAGGAGAGCUGGAGCGCUCAGAAGAGAGAGCUGAGGUGGCUGAGAGUAAAUGUGGGGACCUAGAGGAGGAGCUGAAAAUUGUUACCAACAACUUGAAAUCCCUGGAAGCCCAAGCGGACAAGUAUUCCACCAAAGAAGAUAAAUAUGAAGAGGAGAUCAAAUUGCUGGAGGAGAAGCUAAAGGAGGCUGAGACCCGAGCAGAGUUUGCCGAAAGAUCUGUGGCAAAGUUGGAGAAAACCAUUGAUGACCUGGAAGAUGAAGUCUAUGCACAGAAGAUGAAAUACAAGGCCAUCAGCGAGGAGCUGGACAACGCACUCAACGACAUCACUUCCCUCUGAGCCCUGCACCAGUGUGGCCCCCUCAGCCCCUCCUCUCCUCUCUUUUCCAUUCUCACUGUGGGGAGGAGGGGGCAGGCGGGAGGAGCAGAAAGUGUCAGCAUUGCAUAGCCAGGCUGGGUGCUGCCUAGCAGAAUUCCCAUCACACCUGCCACCCACCCUGGUAUUUGCUUCAUCCUUCUGUCCAUCACUCCCCUCCUCUGCCCUCCAGCCUCUACCUCUCUGCUGCUUAAUAAAUUCAACUUGGUCUCCAUGA